AUGACAAUCAUCACGGAAGAAUAUUCAAUAAAGGAAUGGGGUAGGGUUGGUUUGCAUAGACACUAUUAUGAAGCACAUUCAAUAGAUUUAUUGAAUAAACAACCUUCUAGAGUAUUUUCAGGUUCAUCUCAUUCGAUUAUGAUUACAGCUUUAUUAUCAUUUUUAUUAAUUUAUAUAUGUGAUCAUAGUUCAUUUGGAUCGAAUUCAUGUGGUCAAUUGGGACAUGGAGAUUUGGAGAAUCAUGAUUUUCAACCGAUUAGAAAAUUCUCAAUGUUAAAGGCAUACGCCUCAGACGUUCCUAUACAAGUGGAGAUUGGUAAAGAUUUUACAUUGGUACUGACAAAGAAUGGUAAUGUAUAUAGUUGGGGAUUGGGUGAUCAAGGUCAGCUCGGUAAUAUUGUCGAUGAUGAACAAGCAGUUGCCAUCUCCAAGCUAAAUGGUGGUGUAAAUAACAUUGGAACUGUAUCUUUAAUUGCUGCUGGUUAUUCACACACACUUGCUUUGCUUUCUAAUCGUUCUCAACUCUAUAGUUGGGGGAAAGGAUCAGAUGGACAAUUAGGUCAUGGAAAUACAAGAGAUUAUUCAACACCCAAAGAAAUACAACCAACUUUUAUUAAACCACUGGAUUCAAUUAAAUCGAUAUCGUGUGGACAAUUCACAUCAUAUGCAAUUACAUCGUUUAAAGAGAUAUUCUCGUGGGGUCAAGGUAUUUCAUUGGGUCACUCUGAUUAUAUCGAUCAACUAUCACCGAAAUUAGUAACCGAUUUACUUGGUAAAAAUGUUGAAUAUAUAACUGCUGGAUUUUCACAUUGUCUGGCACAUACAAGCGAUGGAUUGUGUUAUGCUUUUGGUCAAGGUGACUACGGACAGCUUGGUCUAGGUGAACAAGCCAGCAUUUCACUCACACCAACCUUGGUGACACAGUUGGAGCCAUACUUUAUCGAACAUAUUUCAAGUGGAUGGUGGAACUCAGUCGCUAUCAUCACACCAAGAACCGAACGAUCAAAAGAUACAAUCAAAAGAAACAGUAGUAACAGCGCAUUUAAAAAGAGUUUUAGUAUUUCAAAUUUUAAUCUAAGUGAUUCGAUGUUAAACUUAGAGAAAUUAUUAAUUGAAUACGAUGUAGAGCAAUCAUUGGAGAUGAUUCAUCAAUUGGAUAGUGAAAUCAAUUCAGACAAUUCAAGUGAGUCUGAUGAUUUAUUGGCAUCGAUUGAGAUCAUUGACCCUGCAGCACUCGAAGAACAUGUAGAUUUAAAACAAAAACGUAUUGUACAUUCUAUUGGUUCUAUUUUUGAUAAAUUAAAAGUUGACUAG